UAUCAAUUCAAGAUAUACACUCAAAUUCGUUCAUGUGCGAGAGAGGCCGUUGAAGGGAGCCAUACAAAUCUGGGAAGGGAAAGUUGAGCAACAGUGCAUUCAGGUGAAGCAAUUUAGCGGCAUCAAUGGCUGCCAAGAGGCCUUUGCAGAGUUUGUUGGGCAGAAUUUGCAGGGUAAGUUUUGGGUGUAGGAGUUUUGGAGCUGUCACGGAGAACGCCUUGCCUUCCUCGUCUCAACACCUCAUUAACUUGGAAUAUGAGUGCAGUGCCCACAACUACCAUCCAAUUCCUAUUGUAUUCUCUCAAGCGAAGGGAUCGGCUAUCUGGGAUCCAGAAGGCAACAAGUAUCUUGAUUUCCUCGCUGCUUACUCUGCUGUUAAUCAGGGACAUUGUCAUCCAAAGGUUCUUAAAGCAUUAAGAGAACAGGCGGAAAAGCUAACUCUUAGCUCUAGGGCCUUUUAUAAUGACAGAUUUCCCUUAUUUGCAGAGCAUCUAACUAGCAUGUUUGGAUAUGACAUGGUCCUACCAAUGAAUACUGGUGCUGAAGGUGUAGAAACAGCUCUGAAGUUGGCAAGGAAAUGGGGUUAUGAGAAGAAAAAGAUUCCAAAAGAUGAGGCUAUCAUUGUUUCAUGUUGUGGCUGCUUUCAUGGCCGUACGCUGGCUGUUAUUUCUAUGAGCUGUGACAAUGAGGCUACUCGUGGUUUUGGGCCCUUGUUACCUGGUCAUCUUAAAGUUGAUUUUGGUGAUGCAGUUGCUCUUGAGAAGAUCUUCAGAGAAAAUGGAGACCGAAUUGCUGGAUUUCUUUUUGAACCUAUCCAAGGAGAGGCAGGGGUCAUUAUUCCUCCAGAUGGUUAUUUGAAAGCUGUCAGAGAUCUUUGCUCGAAGUAUAAUAUUUUAAUGAUUGCCGAUGAGAUACAAACUGGAUUGGCACGAACAGGAAGAAUGCUGGCAUGUGAUUGGGAAGAAGUUCGUCCAGAUGUUGUAAUUCUAGGAAAAGCAUUGGGUGGAGGUGUGGUACCUGUCAGUGCGGUGCUUGCAGACAAAGAUGUUAUGCUUUGUAUUCAACCGGGAGAGCAUGGAAGCACCUUUGGGGGAAAUCCUUUGGCCAGUGCAGUUGCUGUUGCUUCACUAGAGGUGAUCAGAGAGGAGGGACUCGCUAAGAGAUCUGACCAUAUGGGACAGGAGCUUAGGCAACACCUGUUAAAGGUUCAGAAGCAAUUCCCUAGCAUCAUUAAGGAAGUCCGUGGAAGAGGUUUAUUCAAUGCUUUGGAACUUAACAGCAAUAAUUUAUUCCCUAUCUCUGCUUAUGAUAUAUGUCUAAAGUUGAAGGAGAGAGGAGUUUUGGCAAAGCCUACUCAUGAUACCAUUAUCCGACUCACUCCUCCCCUCUGCAUGAGCCGGGAUGAGCUCAAUGAAGGGUCAAAGGCGCUGCAUGAUGUUUUGGAAUUUGAUCUACCAAAGAUGCAGAAGGCAAAGCCAGUAACUGUCUCUGCUCCAGCUUCUACUGUAUGCGAUCGUUGUGGACGCAACUUGUAUGAGUCAUCGUAGGAGCUCCAGGAAAAAGUGCAGGUUAUGAGGGAAAGCAGUGUUUGCUUAUGGUGGAAGUCAGGGAAUACACAAUUUUUCUUCCAUGUGGCCCAAAGGAAGUGGUUAUCUUGCAAUGCCCUAUCAUGUUUAAUACUAGUGACUGAAAUGCUGGUCCUUGGUUGGUAGUGAACUCUGCAGAAUUUGUACUUAUUAGUGAUCGAGCCAACAGAUGGAAUGCAUCUGCUGUUUGUACCUUUGCUUUGGGAAAAUGCUUUAAGAGCACUCGAGAUGCAAUUAGAUUGACAUUUGAAGAGUUUUGAGGUCAUAGUCUUUUGGAUUUCUUAAUCAUCUCAUUUUAUGUGAAUAUUUAGGUGCAAAUAUUCCUACGUUAGUUCUGUACUUUGUGUUUAGGUUUCAAUGUUAAGUGGCUAGUUAACUGGUUGUAGCUA